AUGCCAAGAAAUAUUAAUCAAUAUUGGCAACUGCAGGAGCAAGAAUUGAUUGUGAUAAUUAUUAUGCUCCUUGCAAGUAAUACCAACAAGAGAAUUUGGAUGCAUCGAUGGAUAGCAAGAAGAAAGGAGAAAGGAUUACAUCAUAACCUUUUCUUAGAACUCAGUCUAGAAGAUCCCAACAGAUUCAGGAGGUGUUUACGUAUGAACACAGAAACUUUUGAAGAACUUUUAGAGAAGGUUUCUCCACUCAUUGAAAAGAAGAAUACACAUUUGAGAGAAAGUAUUCCAGCAGCAGAAAGACUUUCUUUAACUUUGCGGCAUUUGGCUACAGGAGAGUCACAGGAAUCCUUGUCAUUAACUUUUAGAAUAGGUCAAAGCACAAUAUCUGGCAUCAUAAAAGAAGUAUGUCGAGCUAUCGUUACU